GAUAGGCCAUAACAACCACCCAACUAGGCGUCGUGCUACUAUGGGGAAAUACCGAACCGAACCGAGAAUAAAAACGGUGUAGGUUUAGUUUAUAGUCAAGAUAAACGCUGCAAAUUCCCCGGAAAGUCGAUGCAAGUGGAAACGAUCGCAUAUUAGGGAUCAAAUGUGGACGUUGACGUCGAGCCGUGCGUAAUGAGCAGAGUUGGAAAAAAGAAGGUGUUGAGCUGCAUUUUUUUCUCUCCCUCUCUCUCUCCCUGCCAGGGACAACUUGGGUCGGAGUACCGACUAAACUACGAGGUUAUACGAAUGCUAUAAUGUCCUCGAAGCUCUCCACUUUCCGGUAUGGCAGGCUGGGCCCGGGGCUCUGAGGAUCCGUGCCUGACCCACGACUGAGGAUUGAGAGGAAGACGUUGUCUGAGCAGAAUGACUCAGCAGGAGGGGGGACCCCCAAAUAGCAAGUGAAGAGAAGUGAGGAUGGGUGCUAAUGGAUCCAGCUAUCCACACUCAUGCUCCCCACGCAUAGGGGGAAAUUCACAGGCACAGCAGACUUUUAUAGGGACCUCGUCCUACACUCAGCAGGGAUAUGGCUGGGAGUCUAAGCUAUACAGUCUGGAGCACGGACAUGAGCGGCCCGCAGACAGGAAGAAGAAGAGCCUCGGCCUGGCGACGCUCAAGCGGAGGUUCAUCAAAAGGAGGAAGUCCAGCCGCUCGGCAGAUCACGCGCGGCAGAUGCGGGAGCUCUUGUCGGGGUGGGACGUCCGUGACACCAACGCCCUGGUGGAGGAAUAUGAGGGCACGGCAGCACUCAAGGAGCUAAGCUUCCAAGCCAGCCUCGCACGUGCUGAGGCCCCCAGUUUGCAGCGGGACCUGGCUGCCCUCUACCAGCAUAAGUACUGCACUGAUGUGGACCUCAUCUUCCAAGGUACUUGCUUCCCAGCUCACCGGGCCAUCCUGGCUGCCCGCUGCCCCUUCUUCAAGGCUCUGCUGUCGUCAUCCCCUGGCUAUGGAGCAGAGGUUCUCAUGGACAUUGAGACAGCUGGCAUCGACGUGCCCAUGUUCUCGGCCCUACUUCACUACCUGUACAGCAUGGAGUUUGGUGUGGGCGGGGCGGAGGAUGCCAGGCUGCAAAACGUGGAUGUACUGGUGCAACUCAGUGAGGAGUUUGGUACACCCAACUCCCUGGAGGCUGAUAUGAAGGGCCUGUUUGACUACAUGUGUUACUACGACGCUCUGCUCAGCUUCUCCUCAGACUCCGAGAUGAUAGAGAGCUGUAACGAGCGAGGCGCUGUGGCUGCAGCACCAGCAGUGAGCUUAGUAGGCCCCGGGACCCCAGACGAGGACCUUAGGGCUCAUAAAGCCAUCCUCUCGGCACGUUCUCCUUUCUUUAGGAACCUUUUGCAGCGGCGCAUCCGCACAGGAGAGGAAAUGACAGAGCGCACGUUACAGACGCCGACCCGCAUAGUGCUGGACGAGUCCAUCAUCCCGCGGAAAUACGUGCAGGUUAUUCUCCACUGCAUGUACACGGACGCGGUGGAGCUCGGGCUGGUGCUGCGGGGCAGCCCGUCAGCGGGCAGCCUCGGCGAGGUGCAGGCCCUGGUGUCUGGGGGCCGUGGAGCGAGCACACGCGCCGAGGAGGCAAUGGAGCUGUACCACAUCGCUCUGUUCCUGGAGUUCAGUAUGCUUGCGCAAGGCUGUGAGGACAUCGUUGUGGAAAGCCUGUCUCUGGACUCACUCGUCCCCAUCCUGAAGUGGAGCUCCCAGCCGUACGGCUCCAAGUGGGUCCACAGGCAGGCCAUGCACUUCCUCUGUGAGGAAUUCAGUCAGGUUGUCACUUCAGAUGUUCUCUACGAGCUCGGCAAGGAGCACCUUCUCUGCGCAAUUCAGUCCGACUACCUACAGGCGAGUGAACAGGACAUUCUCAAGUAUGUUGUUAAGUGGGGCGAGCAGCAGCUUAUUAAGAGGAUGGCAGACAGGGAACCGAACCUUUUGAGCGGCACAGCCCACAGUGUGAACAAGAGGGGAGUGAAAAGGAGGGACCUGGAUGUGGAGGAGCUAAAGGAGAUCCUGUCUCCCCUCCUGCCCUUUAUCCGAACUGAGCACAUCUUACCUCCCAACAGUGACGUCCUCUCUGACGCGCUUAAACGAGGUUUGAUCAGCACCCCUCCCUCAGACAUGCUGCCCACAGCUGAGGGGGGAAAAGCCAAUGCCUGGUUACGGCAGAAGAACGCUGGCAUCUACGUGCGUCCCCGCCUCUUCUCUCCUUAUGUGGAGGAGGCUAAGUCUGUGCUUGAUGAAAUGAUGGUGGAGCAGACGGACUUGGUGCGUUUGCGAUUAGUGCGCAUGUCCAACGUCCCAGACACGCUCUACAUGGUCAACAACGCUGUGCCUCAGUGCUGUCACAUGAUCAACCACCAGCAAAUGGCGAGCAACUCAACCACAGCUCCGUCGGUUGUGGCCAAUGAAAUUCCAGUGCCUCAGCUGUCCGUGGUAAAGGAAAUGAUCCGGAGGCUGCAGGAACUGAGACACACGGAGCAGGUCCAGAGAGCUUAUGCCCUCAACUGUGGCGAAGGCGCCACCGUCAGCUAUGAGCUGCAGCUGCGGGUGCUGAGGGAGUUUGGUCUGGCAGACGGAGCCACUGAGCUACUGCAGAACCCUUACAAGUUCUUCCCUGAUGAACGGUUUGGAGAUGAGAGUCCAAUUCUGGCUCUACGCCAGGUGGGUCGGUGUCGGGUAAACAGCAGCCCAGCCAUGGAUAGCAUGUUCACAGAGCUAGAAGGGGUAGUUGGCUUUCACCCUCCCCUACCUCCUCCACCUCCCCCAUACCACCCCCCUGCCACACCCAGCCAUGCUCAGCUCAAGGGUGCCUGGCGUCCUCGUGUGCCCAUGCCAGCCCCUACCCGUUCCUUCUCCUAUCCCUGCAACCGCACCCUGAUCCAGCGCCAUGCAGCUGCUAAGCAUGGCAGCUCAGACUACUCCUCUGUACCCAGGCCCCAGCCCCCAGACUGCACCAACCCGCAGGCUAUGGGCCGAGCUUUGCUUUCUGAACAGCAAGCGAUGAGCAUGGAGCCUGUUAUGAGGGAGUUCAUGCCUGACAUUGCGUUGGGUGUCUCUGUCAUGUCCCUGAGGGAGCAGCACAUGGCAGAGUUGGACAGGGAAGGCCCUCACGGCCCCAUGGGCCCCAUGGGCCCCUCGGGCCACCACCUGCCCCAUGGGCCCUGCCCUUCUGCCCGCCACAGCCAUGGCCACGGUCCUGGACAUGGCCAUUCAUGCAAGAGACACGCUCCUGAACCCAAGCUGGAGGCUCAAGCCGAAUUCCCUGACCUGUAUGACUUUUCCUGUCGACCUGCAACCCCAACAUCCGCUCACCCUCUGCCCUCCUUUGCAGGACCAGACCUCUACAGCCACAGCUGCACUCCCUCCGGCUCUUAUCCACCCCCCUACAUUUCUGAAUCUCAGUCCCAGGGCCGCCCUCAGGGACGGACUGCCGCAGACCCACUACGUCUGGACGUCCUCAGUAUGACCUCUCAGAGGCAUGAUGGAGUCCUUGCCAGCCCUUCUGUGGCCCAACAUAGGAUGGGACACAUCCCAAGGGGGCGAUCAAAUGAGACAGAUUUGACUCAUGGCUUAGGACAUUUACGGCCUCCCAGUGGAAACAUGGAUAGCUAUGAGGAGAGGCACACAGGCCCUAGAGAUGCCCCGGAGGAGAUGGUUCUAGCUGGAGAAUCAUUGGGCCCGGGGUCCCUCCAGCAGUCUCACAGGAACAGUGUCAGCGAGGACAUCGCCAGAGACCGCAGGUCACCCAGCAAGCCCGACUACCCUUAUAAGAAAUCUGCACUUUAACCCCAUUUGAGGACCGGGGGUUGAGUUAGGAAAAGGGAAAGCAUGAUGAGUGGCUGUCCAUCACAAUGAAUGGCGAAGCACUAAAUGUGUGCCUGUUUGUGUGUGUGUGUCUGUGUCUGUGUGUUUGUGUUUGUUUGUUUGAGAGGAGCAGGGUAAAGGGGGGGGUCGAUGGUUGCUAUUUAUUGGAUCUGUCCUUUUGUCCUACCUCUAUCACACUGUGCUAUCCAUCACACAGUCGAGUAUGGAAUGAGUAAGAGCUGUAGGCUAACUGUCCAUGCUUGUAGUAAUUGAUCCUGCUGGUUUAGAGGAUGACUCAGGCUCUACUAGGACAGACUGGUCUCUUGAGUUUGAUUGUAAAGAAAGACUUUAGCUCUAUGCUGUGCGAGUCCUGCAUGGGGAGGUCACAACACUAGAUGUAGCUCAGUUAUGAACUGAUGGUUCAACAAAGAUUGCAUUCAUAAGCUCUGUUGUCUCUCCAUUGUUUUAGGCACAGAACGGGGAGAUGGUGGGAUAGGAAUCUCAAUUUACACAGGCUAACAAUGGUACUCAGUCUGGGACAGAGAGUAUUGUGAUAAAAUCAUAUGUAAAUACAUCAGACUGUAUUCUUUUCCUCCCAUUAUUUGUAUUUCCAUUUUCCCUGUAGCAUGCCUAUAGCAACCCAUUUGGCUAGUGUUCCCCACCUGGCCCCCGGUUUAAGGGCCACAGCUUGGUCACACAAAGCAGGAACCGGACCUGUUAGGAAGUAGGUCAUCAGAGUUCGUCAUUCUCCCGUUACCCGGUCUGAUAAUUGUGUCAGGGUUUACCUAUUACAUGCUUGGAGGCAGACGCCUGGUGUUUUCAGAGGGCUACAGGUGGCAGGAAGGAGCACGAGCAGGCUCAUUACCGAAAUACAGUGACAAAUAUAGGGGUGCCAUGAGUACUGGGGGGUUUGUUGGUUUUUCAGCUUGUGUGUGUGUGUGUGUGUGUGUGUGUGAGAGAGAGGAUAACUUUGAUACACACAGUUGUGUAGAGACAAUCUCAGUACUGUACACUCCCAUCUUUAGUCAGGUCUGUUUGUACAUAUCGGAGAGUCUGAUGAGUUAAGAGCCUCUUGUUCUGUUUAAUCCAAUAGCAUCAAGUAAUCUAAUCUAAAGCCUUAAUCAGUGCUUGGAAUAUUCAGUUUUAGCUACCUUUGUUCAAUUAUGAUGUCAUAUCGCUUACCCCUGUUAUUUGACUGUUCUGUUCACUAUGGACACAUUAACUACCCCUUACCCAAAUGCUAACAUGUAUAUACGUCAGGCCUCCCAUCACACCACCCCACGCGAGAUUGUGGACCUGCAUAGUCAGUGUUGAUACUAUUAAAUGUACUGUUAAAGAGCCACAGCAGCUGUAGCUCCAGCACCAUGCAAGUACACACAUAAAAGCCUGUUACAGCCAACAAGCUGGCAUACACCCUCACAUACCAGUAUCCUUGCACUGUAGGAGACACCGGUAUAUUAGCUGAAGGGAAGAGGAACAAAAGAAUUUCGAACAAAAGGAAUCUUAUAUUGAAGAAAAGUUGGCGAUAGCCGGCUCAUGUCUCCAAUGAAAUUGUAUAUAAUGAAUUGAACUCCAUUCUGACACAUUUUUAAUUGUUUCUAUCACAUUUUAGUGGUUGUUGAAGGUUUGAGUUUUUACUGUAGUGGACAACACUGUGUACUUGUCUUUGUCAUGAAAUCUCACUAAGAAUGUGUGGUAUAAAACAUAAAGAUUGUGUCUCAAUCUAUUUUGUCCCCAAAUGUCACGCAUUAGGGCGGUCUGUUCAGUGUUGUGGAUUACGAUGUUUGUCGAGAUGUUUCUUGUCUUCCCUAUUCUUUACUUUUUAAAGUAACAUGAAUAUGUAGAGGAUCUGAAGAUAUUAUUAGCUUUCUGCUUAGCGGUGAUAAAGUUGCCAAGCAGAAAAAUUCAUUUUUCCAUCUAGGUGGAAUCAUGGGGGAAAAAAAUGCAAAACUCCAGAUUCCUCCCCAUGUUCACCUCCCCAUGUUCAUGUUGGGUAGUAGUUUUAUUUUCCGGGACAAUGUUCCAUUGAAUAAAAGUCCUUGUUUUGCUCUUUGCUGUAGAGAAGUCAGUGCCUUUCCCCCCCCACCCCCACCGCCUGCGGCUGGGCUUUUAUUGAAGAAGUGACUUUGAUGUCUAUGCAAGCUCUUUUCUACCAGCUUACCAGCCUGCAUCAAAUAGUCCUUUGAAAUCUCAUGUAGCUCGUUCUGUGUACAUAGUGUUAUUUAGCACCUUUUGGAAUUGAACCAUCUGAAAUGUGUGAUUGCUUGUGUUGAAUUAUAACAGGUACUUUGUACUUGUAUGGUAUUAUAGAAAACAUGUUUGUAGAUUGAUAUUAAGUUGCAUUUAGUUUCACUGAAUCUAUUUUUCUACUGUCGCCUCAAAAGGUGCAUAACAGUGGUCAACUUGGGCAUCCUCAAAAUAAACUGGUUUGAUAUUAUGGAAUUAA